AUGAUAUAUGAGAUCGUAAGCAUAACGAUAUUGUUUCUAUAAAGAUGACUUGAUGUGAAAGUUUUGCUAAUUCGAUAAAAAAGGUGGUGGCAAAUAUAAAAAAUGCGAAGAAUAAAGAAAGAAUUUUUUAUUGCAAUUAUUCUCUUCAUUCAGGCGUGUUCGUCAACGUCAUGGCAUUCUCUUAUCCGCAAAAGGCGCCAAAGCGGAGGAUCUGCUAAAGUAAUAAUAAACACUCCUACAGCACGAACACUGAUGUCAGCCGCCAUACCAUCGAGUGGCUUCGUUAGUUUUCAAAUUCCUGAAAUCUCUACAGAAUCGCCUGGAGUUGUUGCAACCACGAGAACUACCACAUCUGCCACAAACAGUGAUUCACAAGGAAGUGGAAGGAUAGCGUUGUACGUAAUAUUGCCAAUAAUAGCAGUAGCCUUGAUUGCUAUGGCGGGAUACCUUGCAUGGAGAUUGAGCAGAAAUAAAGGACAAGAAAUUGAAAUAAAUAAAAACGACGUCGUGCUGAAAGCAAACGAAUAACAAAAAAUUUAAACUUACUAAUUAAAACCCCAAAUCUGGCAACGCUCUAUCUGGCAUUUUUUUUGGUCCAUAUGCCUGUGAUCUGGCGAGUGUAUCACCAACUCUUUGAUAAAAAUACCUGGACUGAUGCUUUUUUUCUGUUACUAUUUGUUUUCUUUUAUUAUUAGGCUUGUUGAGAGAAAAAUAGCUAUUGUCAAUGUCGAUGUCCUCAGCUCACUCUUUGCUGUACCUGUAAGAAAUAUUCCCUCAUUUUAAUUAUGGACACUAGGUUGUGUACAAGAAAAGUCUUUCUCCAUAGUUAAUUUAACUAUACUUUCUCUGUGUAGUCGUAGUUCGUAGUCGUGCCAGUCUUGCGAUAAUCAUUUAAUUUUAUGAUUCAUAUUUGGUUAAAUGAACAGAAUUCCUAUACAAAAUUUGAUACUAAGAAUUAGUUGCAUUUAUUAUUCUCUUGCUUCAUAACACACGAGUCCCAAAUAUAUUUAAUUGGGCCAACUUGGAAAUCUAUUCCGUUCAAUAAUCUGGCACCCGUGAGUUCUCCCAAGGUUGCUCUCUUCCUUCUUUGCUUUAGGUGAGCGCACGUAUUCCAUCGAGCUCUGGAAUUUUGGUAUUUGUAAGUUCUAUUUCCAUGUUUGUUUUUAUUUAUUUAGCCAAUACUCAGUGUGAUGGUCAUGUAAAUUGAUUAAAUUGUGUGUAACUGCCGGAAAAAACUGACCCGCUGAUGUCAAUUACUGCAAUAAAGUAUGAGCAACAAAGA